AGUUUGUCCAACAACCCGUUCUGUUACAGAUAGUGGAUGGAGCUGUCAAGUGCGCGUGUUUCCGGCGGACAAUAACAACUGCUGCACCGAGAGUGUGGUGAGCUGCAGCAGCGGCAGUGAUGGCCAUGUGGAGAAAGUUGCUGUGUACUUCGGGGGGCAGUUCGCAGACCGGGCGCGUGUUCGGAGUUCUAGAACGCGCUGUCCGGGCUGCGUUCUGUGAUUGGAACGCGGUGUUGGCACGGCCCGGAUUCGCGAGUCUGCAGCCGCGUGCAGACGGCACGGGCCCCGGAAAGGGCGGGGGUGGCACUCACAGUAGCUGCUUUUUUAGGAAAUACAGCACAUCAAAGACAACUGUGGAAUCUGGUGAACUGAAGAAGUUUCAGGCUUUAUCACAAAAAUGGUGGGAUAGAAAUGGAGAAUUUGCAGCUCUACAUGCUUUGAAUGACCUCCGUGUUCCUUUUAUCCGAGAUACGUUGUUGAUGCAUAGUGAAAAACAGCAAUCAGGACGUCCCCUUCAUGGCUUGCGAAUUUUAGAUGUUGGUUGUGGAGGAGGACUGCUGAGUGAGCCUCUUGGUAGGCUUGGAGCGAUGGUUACAGGAAUUGACCCUUUGGAAGAUAACAUCAGAAUAGCAGACGUACAUAAAUCGUUUGAUCCAGUCCUGAAAGAACAGGUUCAGUAUUCUGCCUGCCCUCUGGAGCAAAUGGCAAUGGAAGCGCCUGGAAUGUUUGAUGCCGUUAUAGCCUCUGAAGUUGUGGAACAUGUCAGUGAUGUGGAAACUUUUAUCAGAUGUGCUGCACAAGUUUUAAAGCCAGGAGGAUCGCUUUUUAUAACAACAAUUAACAAAACAUUCCUGUCCUAUGCAUUGGCAAUUGUAGCAGCUGAGAAGAUAUUAAGAAUUGUACCAAAUGGGACACAUGAAUGGGGCAAGUUUAUUAGUCCUAAUAAAUUGGAGGCUCAUCUAAUGUCCAGUGGAUUCACAGUAGAGACUAUCAAUGGAAUGCUGUAUAAUCCCCUGUUUGGUUCCUGGCGUUGGAUUAUUAAUGCUAGUGUCAAUUAUGCAUUACACGCGGUAAAAAACAAAAUUGAAGAGAAAUCGGAUUUCAUGUCAGAAAGAAGUGACGGGAAAGACAAUGGCUCCUAUCAAUCAAAAUCCAAUGCUGGUUCUACAGUACAGUCAUAGGAAAAUUAGCUUUUUUUAGUCCAGAGCUGCUAUGAAAAGCUGUUUUACUGAUUAAACUGGCUGAUUACAUUGAUUAUGCUUAAUGGAACAUUUUCUACGUCAAGAGUGAACAACAUUUUGCAUCUCGCCAACAAAAUUGUAACCGAUGAAGCAUCAUUUUUAAAUACAGUGUGUUGGUGUGCUGACUGUUAACUUCAUUGUAAUUAAAAUAAACUUAAUUUCAAAAAUUGUUUGCAGUGUUACUUUUAGCAUACAUUGUUUCAAACUAAUUACUUAAAAUCUCAUAUCUGUUCGCUCUUACUCCUUUUCGCUGUGGUCUUUUUUUCCAAUCUCUUCCUAUUUACAAUGAUUAUUAUAAUUUCUUUUUUUGAUUUUAAGAAGUUUUAUAUGUAUUUUUGCACACCGUGUUUGAAGCUGCCAAUGUCAACAUCAUAGCUUGUUGAUCCAACAGGGAUUUUUUUUGUAUAAGUUUAACAGCCAAUCAUGAUUUUGGUAUAGUUGACUAUUGAUGUGUAAUAAAAUUAAUUAUAUUGUGGGUCUUUUGGGGUUUGUUGAGUUAUCAACAUUAAAUUUGUUCAUUUUUAAUAUUGCCGUUUACUAGAGCUUGUGAUCUUGUACAUUGUACAUUCUCCUGCAAAUUACCAUGUUUACGCUUUAUAAAAGGUAUGUUAAUCCUUGUUGGUUUUAAUGCCUGCAGUUUUGCACACAAUCCUGAAGGCACUGAAGUACCAGUCUGUGAGACCAAAAAGGUUGCUUCAGAGCAGCAUUCUGUGUAUGGUGAGGAUUGAGGAUUACAGCAGACUGAGGGAGAGAGCAAGGUGGAACAGGUGGUGAUCUCCAUAAUAAAACCUUACCUGAUGGUUAUGAUUUUUUUUCUGCAGAGGACCAUUCACCCUUUUGCUGACAAAUAUCAGGAUGAUGUGUAUUUUUAUUCUGCUUUCUCAAUUUGCCUUGAAUCGUUACAAGGGUCAUGUUUUUACCAAUCUCCGUUCAAAGCAAUAAUAAUAUAAGCAUUUUGUGGCA